AUGCUUUGGCGAUUAUUGUCUACGGAGGAAGGUCACUUUGUCACCUCUCCACAGAAACUCCCAGAAACAGAUGAGGAACUUUUGUUUUCUCUAGAUGGGGAGUGCGUUUUUCCAUUCCAGUAUAAAAACCAAACAUUCUACGACUGCAUCAAGCUCAACGCAAGACACAAGUGGUGCUCCUUAGACAAGAUUUACCAAGGCUACUGGAAGUACUGCACCAUGGAAGACUUUGCAAAAUGCGUGUUUCCCUUUUGGUACAGACGCAUGGUCUACUGGGAGUGUACAGAAGAUGGAGAUGUAACUGGGCAAAAAUGGUGUUCGCUGACCAGGAAUUUUAACAAGGACGGAAUUUGGAAAUAUUGUGAUUGA